AUGAGAUCGGUAUGGGGAGAAGACGCAUCGGAUUUCAAACCAGAGAGAUGGAUUUUAGAUAAUGGAAGUCUAAGACAUGAACCUUCAUACAAGUUCAUGGCUUUUAAUGCCGGUCCAAGAGCUUGCUUAGGUAAACAUUUGGCUAUGGUGCAGAUGAAGAUAAUAGCUGUGGAGGUCAUACAAAAAUAUGAUUUUAAGGUCGUCGAAGGUCACAAGAUCGAACCAGUACCUUCUGUCAUUCUCCGUAUGAAGCAUGGUCUUAAAGUCACAGUCGGUAAGACAUAUGAUUAUAAAGCUUGCUUGGCUACUACGGCAACUUUCACAGUCACUUAUUAUGAUGAUCACUACUACUUGUAUUACUAA